UUACUCAGGAGGAAGUGUCAUUAUAAUUUCUAACAUACAAUGGUAUGCACACAAUAGUAAAUAUAUUUGUAAGAUGGAAGGAAACGACUGCACUGAUAAAAUACGUGCUGAUACCAAACGCAGCAAAGUUCAAGAUGGAAGAUUCAAGUUGUAUAAAAAUACAAAUGAUUAUUUCUUAGUAUUGAUCAGAAAGUUGAAGCCACAGGAUGCUGGAACAUACAGAUUUGGAUUGGGGAAUCAGAGUAACUCCACUGUGAACCUAAAAGUUCUUAAUAAUGCAGCUUGUGGGGUGCCAAAAAUAAUGAACGCUUAUCUUGGCCAGAAUAUCACCAUCACCUGUAACUAUCCAGGGGACUAUGAGAGAAUCUACAAAUAUCUCGACACAGUGGAUGAUGACAGUAGGAUUAAAAACCUUUUGAAUACUAACACAAACCUGAAGAAUGGCAGAUUCUCCAUUUCUGAUGACAGAAAUGCGAAAGUUCUCAGUGUGAACAUCAGCGACGUGAGAGAAACUGAUGAAGUAUUUUAUUUACUUGGCGUGUGGAUUGGAGACGGGUCAGUGAGAUAUCUCUCCUACUUUAUCGAGAUGUGGCUACAUGUUACAGAAGUGAGCGCAACCGUUCAACCAGUAACAGGCACCUACACGAUGACAUCAGCAGCACUGAAAGAAAUCCCUUCUGGUGCAGUGUGUUUCUUCAAAUGGUCAGUGUGUUAUUGUGAGGGCAUCAGUGUGUUUGGACUUCAGACUAGGAACCGGAACAGGUGUGGAACUUUAAGGUUUCUGGUCAUCAUCAUCAUCAUCAGUGUGUGUGUCUGUGUGGCUCUGCUGCUGAUUGGAGGAUUGGCACUGAUGAUCUAUAAACUGAGACACAAGAGAACACACGUUAGUGCGAGGUUCAGCACUGUCAAGAGUCAAGAGUAAACACGACUGUGAUGUUCACAACCAUGUUGGUCACAAAUCAGUGCUGGUUUGAUGACAGGAGGAGUUUAGCUUCUAUUCUGUACUAUUCUGUAUGUGUGUUGUUGUUGUUGUUGUUGUUUUUUUGUCUUUGUUUUGCUUACAUUUCUUGUUUGAAAUGUAAAGUCAUCUUCUGUGAAAGAACUUCUAUCUAAAUGUGAAACAUUAUUAUUAUUAUUAUUAUUAUUAUUAU